AUGGCGAUAGUCGGUAAACAUUUUCUUAUAGUACUAGUAGCGAUCUUUUUUAUCGUGUUUCAGAGUGCAAGUGUAACACAAGGUGCGAGAGACGUUGUGAAAAAGAAAAAGGUUAGUGAUGAGGGACAACGGGUAGCAGUUAAAGAUGAACAAGGGGGAGUUGUGGCAAGAGGAUCACAAGAUGGUGGAUAUGGCGGAUAUGGUGGUGGUGGUGGUCAUGAUCAAGGUGGAGGAGACGAAGGUGGCCCUGGAAAAGGACCUGGUGGUGAAGGCGGUGAUCAUGAAGGUGGCGGACAAGAUGGACCAGGAAGAGAUCAUGGUGGCGAAGGGGGAAAAGGUGGUGACCAUGAUGAUGAUGGACCUGGACAAGAUCAUGGUGAUGAAGGUGGUGAUCAUGAAGGUGGUGGACAAGAUGGACCAGGAAGAGAUCAUGGUGAUGAAGGGGGAAAAGGCGAUGACCAUGAUGAUGAUGAACCUGGAGAAGAUCAUGGUGGUGAAGAUGGUGAUCAUGAAGGCAAAGGGGACGACGAUGAAGGACGUGGAAAAGAUCAUGGUGGAGAAGAUGGUGGUUAUGAUGAAGGACGUGGAAAAGAUCAUGGUGGCAGAUAUGGUGGAGGGGGAGGUUAUGAUUCGGGUGAUGGAUAUGGAGGGUACGGUGGACCAGGAAGAGGUAAAGGAUAUGGAGGGGGCUAUGACCCAUCAUAUCCGUAUUAUGGGGGUUAUUGGCCAGGUGGUGGAUAUUUUCCUGGUGGCGGAUUUUGGCCAGGUGGUGGAUGGCCAGGUAUCUGGGGUGGAUAUCCAUUUGGUGGUUGGGGAAGGAGGGGGUGGCCAUGGUGGAGUAAAAGGCCUGGUGGCGGCAACGGGAAGAAGAAUGGGAAACCGGGCAACUAG